AGCUGGAAAGAAAAGAAUCCUCAGACUAAACCAAGGGCGGUCCGUUCUUGCCGUCGCCAUCGACUGUGGGCUAAACCCGCCGGCCGUUGCUGCUUCGCUGUGGCUAUUUAACUGCGCAUGCGCGCCUCGCAGUUGGGUAGGAAAGUGUUUGACCUGCUUAUUACGAGUAUCCUUGUUUCCUAUGCACAUUGAAAUCUUAUCCAGGAUGCUUUUUUUAGUAAUAAUACUACUCUUUAAUGGAAUAAUUUCUUACUCGGAGGGUAAAUCUGUUAGCAAGUCAGUGCCAAGAUUACUUCUGGUGUCUUUUGAUGGCUUCAGGGCUGAUUAUUUGAAGAAAUAUGAACUGCCACAUCUCCAGGAUUUUAUUAAGGCUGGUGUAUUAGUAGAGCAUGUUACCAAUGCUUUCAUCACAAAAACUUUUCCAAACCACUACAGUAUAGUCACAGGCUUGUAUGAAGAAAGCCAUGGUAUUGUAGCAAAUGAAAUGUUUGACAUUGAUACAAAGAAAAAAUUUUCACAGUUUAAUGAUACCGAUCCUUUCUGGUGGGAUGAAGCAAUUCCUAUUUGGGUAAGCAAUGAAUGGCAGAAGAACAAAACAAGUGCUUCUGCAAUGUGGCCUGGCACAGAUGUAAAAAUUCAUAAUACUUUUCCUCAUUUUUUUAUGAAAUACAAUUUUUCAGUAAGCUUCAAGGAACGUGUAGAAAAGAUUAUUGAAUGGAUGAAUAGUUCUAAUCCAUUAGUUACUUUUGCUACUCUUUAUUGGGAAGAACCAGAUGCAAGUGGACACAAGUAUGGACCAGAAGAUACUAAGAACAUGACUAAAGUAUUACAAGAAGUAGAUAAGCAUAUUGGCCUUCUUGUUGAGAAGCUUAAAGUUUCAAAUUUGUGGGAGGAAAUUAAUGUUAUCAUUACAAGUGAUCAUGGUAUGGCACAGUGCUCCCAGGAGAGAUUAAUCAAACUGGAUGAUUGCAUUGAUGCUAGCAGCUAUGUGCUAAUAGACAGAAGCCCAGUUGCUGCCAUAUUGCCAAAUAAUUUGACACAUGUAUAUGACUUAAUGAAAAACUGCAGCCCUAAUAUGAAGGUUUAUCGUAAAGAAGAAAUUCCUGAGCGAUAUCAUUACCAUCACAAUAAGCGCAUUCAACCAAUAAUUUUGGUUGCAGAUGAAGGCUGGACAAUUGUACAGAAUGGGUCUCUUCCCAGAUUAGGAGACCAUGGCUAUGAUGAUACUCUUCCAAGUAUGCAGCCAUUUUUGGCAGCUCAUGGACCUGCUUUCCAUAAAAAUUACAGGCUGAAUUCAAUCCGUACUAUUGAUAUUUAUCCAAUGAUGUGCCAUAUUUUAGGGUUGAAACCCCAGCCUAAUAAUGGCACUUUGAGCAAUUCCAAGUGUUUAUUAGUUGACCAAUGGUGCAUAAAUGUUCCUGAAGCAAUUGGAAUAGUUAUUGGUGUCUUUAUGAUAUUAACUACGCUGAUGUGCCUUAUAAUAAUCACCAAAAACAGAACUACUCCUCUACGUCCAUUUUCAAGACUUCAACUUCAGGAAGAUGAUGAUGAUCCCUUAAUAGGAUAAGAUUCCUGUUCUGGCUACUGUUUUGAAAAGACAAUACAGGAAUUUAAGUUAUUUUGGCAAAUAAUAUGAUGCACUUUAAUAAAGAUCCACCAAACUACAGAAGAAGAACAUUGUCUCUCUGAAAAAGAAAUCUUGACUAGAAUUUAUUUUCUAAUAUAAACUAAUAGAAAAUUAAUAGUAGUAAAACUUAUUUAUUUCUAAGUGAUAACAAUAAGAUUAUUUGUGAGUGAAUUGCUUGCAUAUAUUUCAUGGGCAACUGCUUAUCUCUAAGAUAUUGUGAUAUUUCUUGAAAUUGGACAGGAGCCUUCAACAACAAUCACAGCUUUAAGAGGCAGGGUAAAUUAGACAACCAAGGCUCUGCUCAUUCUGGUGUGCAUAAUUCUUUGAUUGCCCAGGCAUUCCUGCCAUUUUGAAGCUUAUCAUUUCAAAUACCCCUGAAACUGGUUGGAAAAAAUAUAAACUCUCAUGAAAUUCUUUAUAAAGAAGAUUAUAAUUGUGAAAAUUAUCCAGAUUUGUUUUCCAUUUUGGGGAAUAGUUGCUAUAAAAGUUUAAUUAGAAGCUGUUAAUAGCUAGGACUCACAAUUCUAGAGCACUCCCAUGCCAAUCUCAGCAAACCUAAUGUUUCCUUUAUUUUAAGCUAUUGGAAAACUGUGUAUGCAGGUAUAUCUUCAAGCUACACGGAGCAAAAAGAAAUAGCAUGUCAUAUUACUACUAUAAAUAUCCCAAAGCAGAUAUCUUCGAUAAUUUCUUCCAUAACUAUAAGCUGUGGACGAUUCUAAACAUAGUUUAAUAUAUCUUGUCUUUCUCUGUUUAGACAGAUAUGGUAUUUUCAAUCUCUUUUGGUAGGUAUUCAGGUGUUUCAUGUGUUUGAAUUAAUAAUAUGAUUGUAUUAUGCAUACAUAUAUUUUAAUUAAUCUGCAAAAUAAAUUAUAUUUUGUAAGAAAAGGGAUUUCUAAGGCAAAGGGGAAAAAUUAGAAAAGACUUCCUGCUGCUUGCAGUUUGUAUAUGAUUAAUAAGGUUCUGUACUGUAUAUUCAAUGUUCAGAAAAGAUGAUUCUGGUUUUUUUAAAUUCCUAAUAAUUGCUUGAUUUAAAAUAGACCAUUUGUAAUAAGCAGAUAAUAUGCAAUACCAUUUCUGUUUGUCUGUGUCAUUCUGAAUGUUAGAGUUCAGGGAAAGAGAGUACUUAAUGCAUAGGAAGACACAUAAUUUUCCUUAGUAUUUAAAAUGUUCCAUAUUUAACUUCAGUUGCUUUGCUUGUCUUCUUUAUAAAAUGAUAGUGGAAUCCUUAUAAUUUGUAACACUCCAUGAAGAGAUAACUGUACUUAUCUGAUAACAGUUAUUGAAAAAAAAAUCUAGAACUACACUAUUGAUUAGGCAAUGUGCUAUUUAAAUAAUUGUGUGACAGUCCUCAAAAGCAGAAGCAGCUUUUCAGUGCCUCCUUUAAGCAAUAGUGACACUUGAGUGAGAAGCUUCUGAUACCAAGAGAUAUUUCCUAUUUAGCAUUUGUGCAAGAGAUUAAGGGCGCCCAUUCAAUCUCAGUUUCUUCUUACUAAGGUAGCAGUUUGGUAUUCUACUUGUUGGUAUAAACCAGAAUCUUUAGAUUAAAAUUACAGUGAAAUUUAGUAUUUUAAGAAGUAAAACAAUUUCUCUUCAGGGUUACUCAAUUUAUUUCACUUCCACAGAAAAGAGAAACUCAACCUUUUUCAAAAGAUCAUUCUAUUACAGAAUGAGAAGCAAUGCUUGGUGUUAUCAGAAAGUAAACAUGUUUUGGAAUAGGAAGGGUGGUGGUUUUUUUUUGCUUUGAAAAUUGAUGUCCUAACAGGAAAGACUUAAAUAACUAGUUUGUAUAGAGAUAUUUGUACCUGUUCUAAACAAAUUUAAUAUCUCAGGGACUCUUCCAGAGUUUGAUUCCCAUAACGUAGAUAACAGAAAAUAGAGCAAUUAUGCAAAACUUCAAAAAGCUUAAAAAUCCUUUAAAUGAUUAGGCUAACCAGAUAAUGGACCUCAAAUACCAACAGUUCAUCAAGGAAAAGGUAAAUUAAUGGGAAAAAUAUUUUACAGUACAUUAUCUUUCAUGUCAAGACCAUUGGUUACUGUUACCAAAAAUGUUACCUAUUUUGGGAAUAGCGAUUUAUCUCUGCAAUUAUCAGGGAUAAAUUUAUACUGGGAAAAUAAAUUUCAGUAUUGAACUAUGUUAUAAUUUUUUAAAAGACUGUAUUUAUUGGGAUAUCUUUGUAAUUGGGGAUUUUGGCAAUCUUCGUUGACUUUGAUUAAAGGCUGUUACACUUUCAA